AUGUUGGUCGAAAGAUUCGUGUUACCUGAGGGUGAAGCCCAGAAGAUGAGGAAGAUGAAAGAAAACAAGUCAGGCCUGGCUCUUUCUCAGGCACAGUUGACCGUUGAGGAUGUGGACAUCAGGUUCACUCCAGAGGAGUGGGAAUGCCUGGACCCUGCUCAGAGGGCCUUGUACUGGGAUGUGAUGGAGGAGACCUACAGGAACCUGCUGUCAGUGGAUGUGUCUCAUAUACAUAUGACCAAGAAAUUACAAGCAAAAGCAAACAGUGGAAAAGGAGAAAUUUUGCAGACAGUGAUGUUUGGAAGAGCUGAAACCCAUGAAAUCAAAGAUUUUUUCCUUAGGAAGAUAGAGGAAACUGUGCAUGGUUUUGAGUGUCUGUGGACAGAUGAUGAAAGAAGUGACAUCGGAGUAUCUAUAUCCCAUAACAAAAAUCUCACUGAUGGAAAAGAUCAUCAGAGUAGAAAUGAUGCAGCAGAUAAGCCUGUUGAAAGACUCUGGUCAAGCUUUCAUGAUGAAUUGCAGAUGCUUCAGUCUGAAGGGACAAUUUUUGAAUGUAGUCAAGUUGUGACGAAUAUCAACAGUAGCACCCCAGUUUUGCCAAUUCAGAGAACUUGUAGUGUCCGCAAAGGCAUUUCUUUUAAACAUGAGAGUCCUGUUAUGCAUCCCUCAGAACAGGCCCCAGACCAAGAAGCAUACAAGAAAAAAUCUUACAAAACUCGUGAGUGUGGCAUAGCCUUUCUUCAGCACUCAGAACUCACUAGACAUCAAAAAAUCCUUACAGGAGGAAAACCAUAUAAAGCUGACAUAGGUGGCAAGGCCUUUAAUGAUAGUGAGAGACUUGGCGUUGAUGGGAGAAAUCAUACUGGAGAGAAACCGUAUAAAUGUGAUGUAUGUAGCCACAGCUUUAAACAGAACACAGCCCUUCAAAUUCAUCUGAGAGUUCAUACUGGAGAGAGACCAUAUAAAUGUGAUGUAUGUGGCCACUCCUUUAAGCACAAGACACACCUUCAUAAUCAUGGGAGAACUCAUACUGGAGAGAAGCCAUAUAAAUGUGAUGUGUGUGGAAAGGCCUUUACUCGCAAAGAAAGCUGUGCACUUCAUCAGGUCCUUCAUACUGGAGAGAAACCAUAUAAAUGUGAUGUAUGUGGCCGUGGCUAUACUCGAAAGUCACAACUUAGAAUUCAUUGGCGAGUUCAUACUGGAGAGAAGCCAUAUACAUGUGAUGUGUGUGGAAAGACCUUUUCUCGCAAGGAAGGCUGUGCACUUCAUCAGAUCCUUCAUACUGGAGAGAAACCAUAUAAAUGUGAUGUAUGUGGCCGUGGCUAUAUUCGAAAGUCACAGCUUGGAAUUCAUCAGAGAGUUCAUACUGGAGAGAAACCAUAUAAAUGUGAUGUCUGUGGAAAGGCUUUUACACGCAAAGAAAGCCAUGCACUUCAUCAGAUCCUUCAUACUGGAGAAAAACCAUAUAAAUGUGAUGUGUGUGGACAGGCAUUUACUCGCAAAGAAAGCCAUGCACUUCACCAGAUCCUUCAUACUGGAGAGAAACCAUAUAAAUGUGAUGUAUGUGGCCGUGGCUAUACUCGAAGCACACAACUUGCAAUUCAUUGGAGACUUCAUACUGGAGAGAAACCGUAUCAGUGUGAUGUAUGUGGCCAUGGCUAUCCUCGAAAGUCACAACUUGUAAUUCAUCAGAGAAUUCAUAUAAGAGAGAAUCCUUAUAAAUGUAAUGUAUGUGGCUGUGACUUUACUGGAAAGAGACAGCUUAGAAUUCAUCGGAGAAUUCAUACUGAAGUGAAAUCUUACAAAUGUAACAAUUGUGUUCAUCAGAGAACUCAUACAGGAGAGAAACCAUAUAAAUGUGAUGUGUGUGGAAAGGCCUUUACUCGCAAAGAAAGCUGUGCACUUCAUCAGAUCCUUCACACUGGAGAGAAACCAUAUAAAUGUGAUGUAUGUGGCCGUGGCUAUACUCGAAAAUCACAACUUGAAAUUCAUCAGAGAGUUCAUACUGGAGAGAAACCAUAUAAAUGUGAUGUCUGUGGAAAGGCCUUUACUCGCAAAGAAAGCCAUGCACUUCAUCAGAUCCUUCAUACUGGAGAGAAACCAUAUAAAUGUGAUAUAUGUGGCCGUGGCUAUAUUCGAAAGUCAAAGCUUGGAAUUCAUCAGAGAAUUCAUACUGGAGAGAAUUCGUAUAAAUGUGAUGUAUGUGGCCGUGGCUUUACGGGAAACAGACAACUUGGAAUUCAUCGGAGAAUUCAUACUGAAGUGAAACCUUUCAAAUGUAACAGCUGUGACAAACUCUUCAGUUCCAGGUGUUAUCUUGCAGUUCAUCAGAGAACUCAUACUGGAGAGAAACCAUAUAAAUGUGAUGUGUGUGGACAGGCGUUUACUCGCAAAGAAAGCCAUGCAGUUCAUCAGAUCCUUCAUACUGGAGAGAAACCAUAUAAAUGUGAUGUAUGUGGCCGUGGCUAUACUCGAAGCACACAACUUGCAGUUCAUCAGAGGGUUCAUACUGGAGAGAAACCAUAUAAAUGUGAGGUAUGUGGCAAAGCCUUUAGAGUAAAUGGCAGCCUUACAUCUCAUCGGAAAAUUCAUUGCCGAGAGAAACCAUAUAAAUGUGAUGUAUGUGGCAAAGCCUUUAGUGUAAAUGGAAGCCUUAGAACUCAUCAGAAAAUUCAUACGGGAGAGAAACCAUAUAAAUGUGAUGUAUGUGGCAAGGCCUUUAGAGUAAACGGAACCCUUACAUCACAUCAGAAAAUUCAUACUGGAGAGAAACCAUAUAAAUGUGAUGUAUGUGGUAAGGCCUUUACUAUAAAUGGAAGCCUUGCAACUCAUCGGAAAAUUCAUACUGGAGAGAAACCA